AUGAUCAUCGUGCUUGCCAGACUAGUUUUCGCCUAUUUGCACCGGUCAAGUUUUUUUUUCUACUUGGGCAUGCACGCAAAUAACAAAAGAUGCCAGGGUGGCAAAGAAAAUCAUUCGCACAGAUCGCCAGAGGUACCGAUGGAUGGCUGUGGUUGGAACACGGGGCCACCCAAUCGCUCCUGCCAUCAUCUCCCUCCUCUGCACCACUCAAAACCACACCCCUUUCCAUCCUUCUACGCCAGCCUCCCUCUCUUCCUCACCCAGCCGGCCAUGGAAGCUCUGGCCGUCGCCUCGCCGGCCGCGGCGCGGCCGCAGCCCCGCCGACGAUGCCUCGCCGCAGGCUCGUCAGGCCAAAGGAGGACGAGCCAGCUACACACCUCCUUCAGCGGCAUCACCGUGCAGCGCCGGCCACAGAAGCCGCUGCCACACCGGCGAUCAUCGUCGGUGGUGGCGAUGGCGAUGACUUCGCGGCCGUCGAUCCAGUUCAUCCAGGGCACGGACGAGCAGACGAUCCCGGACGUGCGGCUGACCAAGUCCCGGGACGGCAGCAACGGGGUGGCCAUCUUCACCUUCGAGCAGCCGUCGGUGUUCGACUCGUCGGCGGAGCUGGGCGACAUCACGGGGUUCUACAUGGUCGACGAGGAGGGCACGCUGAGCUCCGUGGACGUCAGCGCCAAGUUCGUCAACGGCAAGCCGGCGGCCGUGGAGGCCAAGUACGUGAUGCGCACCCCGAGGGACUGGGACCGCUUCAUGCGCUUCAUGGAGCGCUACUCCCAGUCCAACGGCCUCCAGUUCCUCAAGAAGUAG